AUGCAGUUGGUGACUUACGUUGGGAUCUCUGUGUCACUGUUCCUGUUACUCGUCGCUUUUAUUCUCUUCAUAUUAAUAAGGUAAGUUUCGUAGAGCUACCGCCGUCGAUAAAAGAAAUUUUGAACUGUGGUUAUUCAAGUUCAGUAGUAGGGAGCUAUGACAAGCGCUUGUGCAACUUUAACGUCAAAUGUGCCUGCACACUCUGAAGCCUUUCUCAAACCGGUCGUUUCGCCACAAGUCGUUCACUCCAAAAUUAAGUCGAUUGGUUGCAAAGUCGUUUCGCUGUAUCAUGUCCGGGUGGCCCAGAAAUUUACUUUUUGUAUAUGAAACCGCUUAAAAGACACUUAAAAUUAACUACAAACGGAUAAUACUAACGAGUUAAUUACCAUUUCACUGAGUUAAUCAUCAAAAAUUAAAUGAACACCAGCAAUCUUUGGAGCAGUUUUUAACUUCGUGAGGCAGCGAAACGACUGUACAACUUCGCCGCGAAUCGACAUCAUUAUGCAGCGAAACGACUUUGUAGCGAAACGACCGGACACCAGAUAACUACGUGGAGUAAAAGACCUUAUCAGGAAGCCGGCUUGUGUAAAUUAAAUUGAUAAUUGUAACUUUGGAGAACGAACAUAGCUGACUCAUCGCGAUUGUUACUUUACAGGAAACUAAAGAGCAACUCCGUCACAAUUCACAAGAACUUGAUCGUCGCUGUUUUCAUUGCUGAGCUAACCUUCCUCGUAGGAAUUAACAGAACUGCAGAUCAGGUAUUUUUAUUUAUUUUACUGUUAGAAACCCAAAACGUUGUGGAAAAACGAAUAUUUUCCCAAUGCUCUCUCUUGCGUCUCUAAACCAUUUUACUCUUAAGCCCGGGUUUCACUAGCGCAUAAGCAUAAGCAUAAGGACAUACGCGCGCGCAAAUGGCAUAUUUGACUCAAUUCUCGAUACCAGCUCUCCUCAACCCGAUGAUAAACAAGAUGGCGGACAUAUUGCUUUUAAUAUGUUCGUAUGAGGUCUGGGUCAAAGUGACCUAUGAUUGGUCCACGGCCUUGUCCUUAUACUUGUGCUUUUGUUGACCCAGUUUUUACUAAUCAAAGCUACGACAUAAGCACAAGCACAAGAAGAACGAACUUGUCCGUUUUUCCUGUGCUAAUAUGCUUAUGCUUAUGUCGACCCAGUAUUCACUUGCUUACUCAUGUGCUUGUGCUAAUGCUUAUGCUUAUGCGCUAGACCAUGUUACAGUGAAAUUAUUUGUCGCUGUAACUUUUAAAUCUUCUUUGGCAGGACUUUUGCACAGUGCAGUUCCUGAAGUUGAAAGGUUAAUGGCUGUGAAUAAAUGUAUGUCAGAUAUCCCACGUCGGCCUGGACAUUCUGGUCUGGCAUCUGUCAUUGAGUUCCUUUCACACCCAAAUUUUGUUGUCAACGACAUAGUUGACACUCGAAAUAGUUUAUGAAUCAGCCACGUACCAAAAGAAAAAGGUACCACGAGAUCUUGUCAGAGUGAAUUGUGGUCAAAACAAUUAAUUUUUUGUGCAUUUUGUUUGUUGCAGAGAAUCUGUAGGCUGGUCGCCAUAUGUCUCCACUAUUUCUUCUGUGCCUCGUUUUCGUGGAUGUUUGUGGAAGGACUGCACAUGUAUCGCAGACUGAGAGAGAAGCGGAAUAUAGACACUGGCAAAAUGUCGUUCUAUUACUUCAUGGGGUGGGGUAAGUGACAUCAGUUAUACUGUGUUGAGUAGGGUUAUACCUCUUGACUUGGAGUAUAGGAGGUAAGUUAGAAUGAGAGUAAUACUUUUGCAGGUGAGGUACGCCAGUUUCCGUAUGCUUAAUGUGGCGGUGAUGUGGUGGUGGUGGAAAUGUUGUGGAAAUGUUCCAACAGAACACGUCUUCUAAACGUUAGUUAUUUUUAUUUUCCAGGAUGUCCAGCAAUCGUUAUUGGAAUUUCUGCCGGUCUAGCGAGCGAAGGAUAUGGCAAUAAGAAAUUGUAAGUUUAACAAGGGUUAUACCUUCUCGUUCUGUUAUUUUACGAUUUUUUUUUUGACGGUUAUUUCACGCGCAAAACAGUCUUUACUUGAUCCUGUGCUGGGGAGCUUGCAUUGCUAAUAAAUUCUAAAAUUAUCGUUAGUUUUCGAAUCAUUAGCCUUUAUCAGUUAUUUUGUCUCUGCUUGAUGUUGAUGUUAAACAAUUUUGAGAACCAUUUCAACACAACAAUAACAACAAAACAAACAUGAAACGCAGUUCGGAGAGCAGGAGCCUAUCGUUAAUCCCACAAGAUGUCUUAAUGUAACCUGUGUGUUUAUGUGUUUCAGCUGCUGGAUGUCAACCGAUGGAACGCUUAUCUGGACGUUCACAAUUCCAAUCAUCAUUGUCGUCGCAGUAAGUUGGCAUCAAAAUUGUUUCUCUGAACCUUUUCACCCCCUUAAGUGAUGGGUAUGUAACUUCUGCUUAAUAAAAGCCAGAUGCUGCUGCUUCGAUAUAACCGCAAAUUCUCUUAACUAACGUACAAUAAAAUGUAUAGCAACCAGAAAGGAGAAUGACUUAUCAGAUCUUGGGAGUCGCACGGUUUAACAGGCCAUUUAACAGCCGUGUACUUUAUUGUUGCAGCUUAACACGCUUGUGUUCAUCAUGGCUCUGUUUAUCUCACUCCAAAAACAGUCCAGGAAAAGACGCCGCCGUCAUCACCAUCACCAUGACAACGAGCACCCCAACCUUAAGUGAGUAAACUCAAUGAUGGAAAGCGUUACGUUUUCCACACGUUUCUGUUGACUAUUUAACAUAAGAAACAAUCAAGAUGUCCUUGACUAACGUUACUUGUUAUUCCUUUAGCGCUGGUUUGCGUGCGACCGCUGGUCUUCUUCCGCUUAUCGGUGUUUCAUUCGCGUUGGGACUGUUGUUGGUUAACCAAGAACUGGCCAUGUUCCAUUACAUCUUUGCAGGCUUCACCUUUUCCCAGGUAAGCGGGCUACCUUUCUUCCACUUUCACUUCCAUGAGGGUGCAAGACAAAUGCCAGAAAACUUCUAAAUUUCUUCUAGUAAAAUGCUGAAAAGAAAUAUAGUAUCACUCUACGGUACUUGGCAUUUCAAAGGUCACACUGUCAGUUUUUUAUUACAGACUCAAAACUUAGAACUCCUUUUUACAGCAUAAUGAACCGUUCACUAAGAAAGAACUGCUCAGUAGCUUUCAUUUAAAUGGUCACACUUUAGGAUUUCAUCCACAGACUCCAAAGUUAGAACCACUGUUGAAAGCAUAAUAAACCUUUCCACGGGAAAGUACUGCUGAGUAGCCUUUAUUGGAAUGGUACAAAGUCAUUUUACCCAAAUAUAGAUUUACUGUGUUAUUUUAUCUAAUAUAGGUAUAGAACGAUCAAUUCAGUGUUUUAAAUGCGAUGCUAAAACUAUCUUGUAAAAUGUUUUUGUUUAUCAUUUCGCAGGGAUUGUUUAUAUUCGUAUUUUAUCUUCUGCUGGAUAAGACGGUAAGUAAUUUAACUCAUUUCUAGGGGCGAUCACUCUUAUUUAAUUAUUAAUGUGUUGAGUUUUGUCCGUCUGGUGUAAUCAAUUAGGUAAGAAAAGAAUUCAAGAACGUGUACAUGCGAUGGAAGACUGGUGACAAGACAUACGGAUUGCAGAAACCA